CCAACUCCUAUAAGUAUGCAUCCAAGCCCGUCCAUUCCUCUGCACUACCACAAGCUCUACCACACGGCAGAGCAGUGCAAGACAGGAGAGACAAAGAAGAUGGCAUCCGUCCUGCGCCUCCUCGCUGUUCUCCUCGUCGCCGCCGCGUGUGCGGACGCCGUGAGCAUCGUCGUCACCAACAAGUGCGGGUACACCGUGUGGCCCGCAGCCCUGCCAGGCGGUGGCACGGAGCUCAACACCGGUGACUCAUGGUUCAUCGACGUGCCGGCCGGCACGCGGAACGGGCGCGUGUGGGGGCGCACGGGCUGCGGCUUCAUCAUCAACGCCACGCUGGGGCAGUGCCAGACGGGCGACUGCGGCGGCACGCUGGUGUGCAAGCAUGUGGGGGCGCAGCCCAUCACGCUGGCCGAGUACUCGCUCGGCCGCAACGGCGGCGCCGACUACUUCGACAUCUCCCUCGUCCACGGCUUCAACGCACCCAUGUCUUUCCUGCCCACCGGCGGCGCCAAGUGCGCCCGGGGCGGGCCGUCGUGCCCGGUGCAGGAGAUCACGUUCAACUGCCCGUCCGAGCUGCGGCAGAAGGCCGGGUGCUCCAACCCGUGCGACGGCAAGAGCAACUGCGGCCCGAACAACGGCACGGAGUACUUCAAGAAGUCGUGCCCGCAGACGAUCACCUACCCCAAGGACACGAGCAACACCAUCUACACCUGCCCGGCCGGGACAAACUAUGAGAUCACCUUCUGCCCUUGAAUCAGCUAGCGAGCUGAGGCACCGACAGAGAUAUCGAUCGGUUUGGUCCUAAUUGGGCUCUGUAUUUGUGUGUACGUCUAGCGUAUAGAUACAUGUUUAUAUGGUGUUAUAAUGAUAAAUAAGAUUUGGCAAUAUGUACGCAAUGGUAUACAUACAUGUAAUGAUGAUCUAUGUGUACACCUGACAUGGAUGCACAUAUCCUAUUCAACCAGGGAAGAUCUUGAGUGAAUAAAAUGAUCUUGCGUCAAUGAGAUCUGAUAAA